AUGGACAAAUUCUGGGCAGCACCGCCAGUCAGCAGAACGCUGACGGCAGUCACGUUUGUCCAGUCAGUCCUGGUUCAUGGGGGAUUUCUGAAUGGCAUGCAUGUCGUCUUCCUCUUACCAAGGAUACUUCAGAUCCCGCCCCAGCUAUGGAGACUUGUGACGCCGUUUUUCCUGACUGGAGGAGGCAUUGGUUUCUUCCUGGACCUUUACUUCUUAUUUCAAUACGCCAGCGAUAUUGAGGUCAAUUCGCCUCGUUUCUCUGGACCAGGUGACUUUGUCACCUAUGUGAUAUUCGUAGCUAUUUUCAUUCUGUUAACCGCGGGCUUGUACUUGCAGUCCUUCGUCUUCCUCGGAGCUCUAUCUUUCGCCUUUCUCACUACCCUAGCUCAAGAUAACGCAGGGAAGAAGAUGGCUUUCAUCUUUUUCCAGAUUCCAGCAGAAUACCUCCCGUUCGCCAGCUUAAUUGCUACCCUUGUCCUCUCUGGGCAGCACGCCGCAGUCACCCAAGCCUGUGGUAUACUGGCAGCUCAUCUUUACGAGUUCCUAACCCGUAUCUAUCCCGACUUCGGGGGAGGCACCAACUACAUACAGACACCCCGCUUCAUCCAAAACAUAUUUGGAUCCAGUGGAAACUACGUCAAAGCACAUGGUGGCUAUCGCAAGCAUCGCCCAGGCGAUGGCAAUAGUUCCGACUCAAGAAGCACCGGUCAAUCCACCGGAAGCUGGUUUUCGGGCUUGGGAGGAGGGUCAUGGAAAGGCAGAGGGGCCGGCAGGAAGUUGGGCACUGGUUGA